AUGUCGGACCUGACAGCCCCGCGUGGCAGACUGAACGGAUAUGGUUGGCGAGGAGGAAGCAGUAUUGACAUGUGGUAUCAGGUUGACUUCAUAAAACGUGCUAAGGUGACCGCCAUAAAAACGCAAGGCGAAACAUCCUCCUACUAUGUCAAGAUAUUCAAGCUUUCAUACAGCAAUAAUGGAAUUGAUUUCCAUGAAUAUGUGGAUGUCAUGAGGACAAAG